AACGCUGGUGCGGGCGGCUCGAGAUGCAGCGCUGCCGGGGACCCUGGGCCACCUGCCCGGAGCAGGAGGAGCCGGAAUGCAGCAUUCAAGAAAAGAUUGACUUUGAAAUCCGCAUGCGAGAGGGAAUCUGUAAACUGCUUGCAGUGAGCACCCAAAAAGAUCAAGUGCUGCAUGCAGUUAAAAACCUGAUGGUUUGCAAUGCUCGUGUUCUUGCCUACAAGACAGAACUACAGAAACAAAAAGAGGAACCAGUCACGUACGGAAUAGGAGGAAGGUGUUCAGAUGUUCGGACUAAAGAGCGUGCAGCAUGUAGAGGAAAGGUUGCCAUAUCAGAUAUUCGCAUACCAUUAAUGUGGAAAGGCUCUGAUCACUUCAACAACAAAGAAAGAUCACAGCGCUAUGCAAUUUUUUGCUUAUUCAAAAUGGGAGCUGAGGUUUUUGAUACAGACAUGGUUAUUGUGGAUAAAGCAAUAACUGAUAUCUGUUUUGAAAAUGUAACCAUAUUUGAUGAAGCGGGGCCAGACUUCCAAGUAAAGUUUGAAGUGUAUAGUUGCUGUACAGACCAAUCUCCAACUAUAACAAACACUCCUAAGAAGCUAGCCAAGAAGCUUAAGACAUCCAUUGGUAAAGCUACUGGAAAGAAAAUCAACUCUUUGCUAGAAGAAGACAACCCUGAAUCCUUUUCAUUCACUGAUCCAAUCAUACCUGGUGCAAAAUACAGUUUGCUGGCACAUACCACUUUGGGGUUGGAGAGUGCUGAGGACAAUUUCAGGACCCACAACCUUACCAUUACAGGAAAUGAGGAGUCGUCGUUCUGGUUACCCUUAUAUGGAAGCAUGUGUUGUCGUUUAGUUGCUCAGCCAUUCUGCAUGGCCAAGGAUGUGAUGACAGGAUUUCUUAAUCAGCAGCAAAUGGUAGGAAGCCUGACUAACUGGAGGAGGCUGUACUGUGUACUAAGAGGUGGUAAACUCUUUUGUUAUUAUACACCCGAAGAAAUUGAAGCUAACGUGGAGCCAGCUUUGACAGUUUCCAUCAACAAGGAAACCAGAAUCCGUGCUGUGGAUAAGGGCACCGAGAAAAGAAUUAAUAACUUUACUGUUAUCAACCCUGUGGAUGGAGAGGCUGUGACUCAACUUUUUGCAGCUGACAGCAGGGAAGAACUUCAUAAGUGGAUGGAAGCUUUCUGGCAGCAUUUCUACGAUCUUAGCCAGUGGAAACAUUGUUGUGAAGAAUUUAUGAAAAUUGAGAUUACGUCACCACGGAAACCACCUUUGUUCUUGACAAAAGAGGCAACCUCAGUCUACCAUGAUAUGAGUAUUGAUUCUCCAGUGAAACAUGAAGGUUUAACAGAUAUCAUGCAAAGGAAAAUUGAGGAGACUGAUGGAGAGUUCCUGAUUGGCCAGCAGAAGGAGUCUGUACCUUCUGUAUGGGCCCCAUUAUUUGAUGGUUCUCACCAGAUGCUUGUCCAGAAAAAUAUUGUGUUUCCAGAUGCAAAUAGUGAGAUAGUAAGUCCUAAUGAUGGCAAAGGAAAGAAAAGAAGAGCUCCACUUCCACCGUCUGAUAAGCUACCAUACAGCUCAAAAACUCAGAUGAACACAGAUCAGUUGGACAAGGAAAACUUGUGGAAGAAGCCUGCCAUUGCACGUAGGACCUCUUCUUCUUUUGAUGCCAAGUUAUCUUCCAUGAUGCAUCAGUUGCAGAGGCCCAUUGCUGCUCCUCGCAAACUGGUUCCUUGCAGGAAAAGCAGCUCAAUUGACAGUGAAAAUCCCCUCUCUUCAGUUAUUGAGACAGAGUCUGAAACCAAACCAGUGCCAGCUCCUAGACAGAAAUCCAUCAAAGAAAUACUAGACCCUAGAUCAUGGUUGCAGUCACAAGUGUAACAUUUAGUUUAUGAAAGUGACCAACAUAUAAAGUUUACUAGUAUUUGACAGUGACCUGAGUCUUUGAUAAGAACUGGGCCAUUACAACUAUUUUUAAUAUAUAUAAUUCUAAGCCCAUACUUUGUAUUGCAAUCUCAGCCCAGCUUGUCACUGUCAAGAUCUAAAGAAUUUCUCUAGUGAAGUAUAAAGGGUACUGUGGGUGGGUGGGUGGUAGAAGGGAACAUCUCCAAGAUGUUUAAACCUUUGUCCUUCUCCACACUACAUGCAAUAUCUGAAAUUUCUGUGCUACCCUUAAAGCAUGGUCAUGCUCUAAAAAGUAAUUCCAAGGUUUGUUUCAGUGUCUCCAUAUCAGAUGUGCUCAAUUUAUAAAUUAAGAAGUUUUUGAACAACUCUGCCAGCUCAGUCAGAGAUCUACGAGAUUUUUUUCUGGCUCGUACUGUCAGAAUUUUUUUUUUUUUUAUUAUUUUCAUUGCCCUUAAGUCUAUUGCCCUAGAUUUUUUUUUUUAUUCAUACUUUUAGCUUGUCUUGUAAAUUGCCUGCAAUUUAACUUCUAUUUAUAGCCAUCAACUUCUAUUUCCUUUCUAUUAUAUAUUGACUUUUUUAUUGCUGCUUUCACAUCCCCCUUUAAUCAGUUUUUUUAAUUAAGUAAACUGUGUGUGUGUGUGUGUGUGUGAGAGAGAGAGAGAGAGACAGGAAUUGUAGCAAUUUGGGCAUCUAGUAAAGUGUUUGUAAACUAUCUAGUACUUUUUUUCACAUUACUUUUGACAUUCUUCUUAAUCAAUUUUGUUCAUUUGCACUUAGGCAAACACUGCUUUUUAUUUCAGUGAUCAAUUCAUCUUUAUCUGUCAGAAUAAGGUCCAAUAUUUUUUUAAAAGAAAUUUGCAUCUAAUUGGUAAACUCCAAGGUCACUUUAGUACUGGCAGGAUGAGUCCUCCAGGAUUUAUUCCCCCAGGCUGUAAUCCCCCAUGGUAAGGUCAUUUUUUUUCUCUUCAGGUUGUAAAUGCUUACAUCCUGUUUUCUAGUCUGAUUUGGCCUGUAGCUUCCCUCAUGAUUAUUUAAUCUUGUGCUUUAUGAAUGAAAACAUUGAUGCAUAAACAUUCAAGAGCCUCUGCUUCCAUGUUGUCAAUUCUAAAACAGGGAAUGUUGUCUUUGGUGUAUAGCACCAACCCUCAUCAUCUUUCCAAUAUAGAUUUAGCCAGUGACUAAGGGUAUGUCUACACUUACCGUGGAUUGACGCUGUGGCAAUUGAUCCACCGGGGGUCGAUUUCGCAGGUCUAGUGUAGAGAGCGCAAUAAGUCAACCUAAGCUACGUCGACUCCAGCUACGUUAUUCAUGUAGCUGGAGUUGCGUAACUUAAGUCAACUUCACUCUGUAUCAUAGACCUGCCCUAACUUUCCAAUCUGUGAAUCCUCCCAUCAGGUUUCAGUAAUAACUAUGCAAUCUCAUUACUCCUAUUCAGACUAUUUUUACCAAACAAAGAUUUUUCCUCAUUCUUAGAGAGGCAGAAUCUCCUUGUUAUCAAGGACUCAAUGGUGGGUCAGAAUGACCUGCUUAUCAUAGAAGUGGGGUGGAAAAAGGAAGACAGAUGGAGAGAUUCUUAAAAAAAUGCAUAGGUAUUUAUUUCACCAUCAGUUGGCUUUAGUCACAUUUUCCUCAUAAGUUUUCAGGUCUUUGACUGUGCUCCAAGCAUGCCCAAAGUUGUUUCUCCCUCUUCCCCAUAUGAGGAAUUUAUAGUCUCUUUAAGGAGUCAAGUCCUGGCAUGUGUGCCCAAUGUCCCAAAUCCAGUAGCUUCAUUCCAGGUGCUUUUUUUUCUUCAUUUUGAUGGCACACUUUGACCUUAGAAAUAAAGCUAUUUCCAGGGAAUAAAGUUGUAAACAAAAUUUUUUGGUGCAGGAGAACAGCGGGGAGGGGAUGGAAAAUAACUUUAAACAAUGUUUUCGGGGGCUUACUUAUUAAGUUUUGUCCAUAAAAGAGAACAAACAUUUCAGUAAUACACCUGAAACAAAGUUUUUGCAACAUUACUAUAGUUAAAAAUCUAGAUAUGGAGAGGAAAUGUUUAUUUGUUCUUCUACAUCAGGGGUAGGCAACCUCUGGCACGUGUGCCAAAGGUGGCACGUGAACUAAUUUUCAGUGGCACUCUCACUGCCCAGGUCCUGGCCACUGGUCCGGGGGGCUCUGCAUUUUAAUUUAAUUUUAAAUGAAGCUUCUUAAACAUUUUAAAAACCUUAUUUACUUUACAUACAACAAUAGUUUAGUUAUAUAUUAUAGACUUAUAGAAAGAGACAUUUUAACAUUUUUAGAAGGUAUUACUGGCACGCGAAACCUUAAAUUAGAGUGACUAAAUGAAGACUCGGCACACCACUUCUGAAAGGUUGCUGACCCCUGUUCUACAUUAUGCAUGGUUACAUACUUGGUUACCAAUACCGAAAAAGCUGCAAAUUUCUCUUUAUCAUACAUACACUUGCUAGAAAUCUGACCUUCCUCUUUCUUCCCCCCUUGCUUUUUCUGAGUUUCACUUUUAAAUGUCUUGAUUGGUUAGAAUUGUAACAUGAAUGUUUGUUUACUUUUAUUGCUUUUUGGUUUUAAUAUGUUGUUCAAUACCUCAAACGCUCCAAUGGUCCUUUAAAAAUGCACUUAUAUUGUAUUUUUAAUUUCAGCAUUUUACUGAAGUUUGGUAAGGUACUUUUUAAGAUUUUUCGUCAGUUUAUUUCCCAAUAUGUGAAUAUAUGGUACAAAAUCCAUGCUGAAGCUUUUAUAACAGUAGUAUUCUGGGUUGGAAAAAUUGUAAUCUGCUUUCUUGUUUAUCUCUAUCUUCCAAGUUGUUUGUUGAGGAGUAAAGCAUGUAGCAGAGGGAUAGUAUUACUUAAGUUGUCUGAUACAUGAAUGAAUAUAAUGGAAUUCUCUUAAUUGGCACUUCCUGGUACUCAGAAGACUACGCCAGUUCAUUAAUCUUGUCAGUUAUGAGACUCAUAAUACAUUGUAAUGAUAUUUGCUUUUAUUUCAUGACUUGAACUAAAGAUAAGCAGUGUAGAAAGCAUUAAAAAAACCCAAGUCUUAUUUGAUUAACAUCCAUAACUGAACAGUAAAGCAACAUAAAAUAAAUAAAGGUCCACAAAAGAGGAAAUUUUUUAGCUAAUACAAAUUCACACAUUUAUUUCUGUGACUAGGUUUACUAGACAGCACCAGACAUGCAGCUUAUCCGCAGUCAUUGAAAUUCAUUAUCCUGUAUUUUUGGGCAGUCGAGCAGGGGUGCCAUCUAUCAGGGCGCCUGUUACAACUCAUUUGAAAACACUUGAACCUUUGUGUUUUAACGUAUUGCCAAAACAUUUUGAAUGUAGCACAAUGAAAAGAGAAAUGGGUGAGUUUUAUGCAUCUCAUUUGUCACUUAAUCAUAUUUGUAUUCUCAGCACUAAGUAUUUUUUUUCAGGACCUUUAGCUUCAUGCUUAGGCUAUGUCUACGCUAUGACACAGCUGCAGCACGAUAGAGUAGACAUUUCCUACAUCAACAGAAGGGGGUUUUCCAUCAUUGUAGGUAAUCCACCUCUCCGAGAGGCAGUACCCUAGGUCAACAGAAGAAUUCAUCCAUCCACCUAGCCAUGUCUACACCAGGGGAUUAGCUCAACCUAAUUACGGUGCUCAGGGCUUAAGAUUUUUCAUAGCCCUGUGUGACAUAGCAAGGUGUAGACCAGGCCUUAAAAAUUAAUCAGUUAGAGUUAAAGAACAACCUGGUACAGUUUUAUGUUAAUGCAAUUUUUAAAAAGUGUGUGGUUGAGACCUUGAGGACGGGUGCUGGAAAUAGUCCACAAGCCCUAUAUACUGUGAUCUACAAUUUAGAUGUCAAUGAAUGCACAACCUUUCAUUUUGUAGAAAUUUAGUAAAAGUGUUUCUUUAUUGUGAUGCUUGAACCACUGGCUAUGAGAAGAUUAAUACGGUAGUAAUCUCUUGUACUGUACAGAAUGUCCUAACUAUUUUAUGUGGUUUUUGUAUGUAGGUGGAGCUAAUUUUUGCAAUUGUAUCUUAGAUGUUAGCUUAACAUGUUUACAUUUUUACUUGUAUUGUGAUUUAAUUUCAUCUAUACUAAUUGUUUUAAUACUGAAUAGGUAUUUUAUUUUGAUUGAACAUAUUUGAAAUUACUGCUUUAGUGUUCAGUUGAUUUAUAAUCUAAUGUAAACUGCUUUAAUAGAAAAAUACAGAUUUGAAAAUUAAUGUAUUGUGAAAUGUUAGAGAAGGAUCUUAAUUGUUUGCUGCUAAAAUGUGGAUUGUUUGUAACUAGAACUGUACAUCAAAGAUAAAAACACAUCUGCA